CGAAAGAAAACCUGCACACGAGGUUGGGUCGGUCGGCCCGGCACCCAUUGGCCGCCGCCGCCGCCUACCUCGCCCGUCGUCCCUCCCAAAGACCGGCGCGCCCCCCACGGUCCAGAGAGGUCGCCCUCUUCUCCCUCAGCCCCAGUCGGCAGCGUGGCCAUGGAGGUCGCGGAACACGUCCCGUCCAUGUUGAAGCUCCGGGCCGUCCUCGACCUCAUCUCCUAGAAGACUGCCCCGAGCUGCUGCUGGUCGCCUCCCCGAUCUCUUCUGUUCCGGCUCUUGGUUGCCCUGGCCGGAGGACAAAGAUGGAUCCAAACUCAGGAGACAGACGUCACACAAGUGAUAGGAUUAGCUCACGACAAACAGCGGGGAACCAAAUAACAGAACUGCAACUCCAUCAUCCAGAAAGGAACUUUCAGGUUGAGGCGGUUGUACUGGAGGGGGAUAGUGUAUCGUGGCAGCGGAGGUAUCUGGAGCUGCGGAAGCGUUAACCCAAGGGUGCAAGGGGAGGCUUAGAACUUGAAAGAUUCAAGCCUGUAACAAGUCGUUAAUGGGCCUUUCGCCCUCCCUGGUAUUUUUUCUUUCUCCUUGGAGCUUGCCAUUGAAUGGACUUUGCAUUGAAGAAAUAUUGGGCAAAGCAAAUGACUUGCUUGGAAAGUACCCCCUCCAUCCCAUGAAGAUUGUCUGGGAUUUGUGAAAAAUUGAAUGUAUCUAGAUGCUAUUUAGUGUCUAGAUACAUCUAAAAUUUGACAAAUCUCAGACAAUCUUCGUGGGAUGGAGGGAGUAUUACCAUUCUACUGAAAAUGUAAAGUUACCCUGCAAAAAGCGUAGAUUUUCUUUUACAUUUUGUAGGGAUACAAUAGUUGCUAGGAUCUGGAUAUUCAGGCAGAAAAUGGAAUAUCGGUAUGCUAAGUAAUGGCUGAUGUAUUGUUGUGAAGCAUCUUGCGCGAGGUACAGUAGAAUUCUACUUUUACAUAUCUACAUAUAAAUAAAUAAAUAAAUAAAUAAAUAAAGAGGAUAAAAAUAGCAGGAAAUGGAGUUAGAUGCCCGCAAGGCGCAGUUCACAUCAGAAAACCACCAAACAACCUAUGUGUUGCCUAAUGGUACCAAGGAAACCAGUAAUGAGCUGUAUAUUGUUCACAUCAGCUGUAUAUUGUUUACGGAAGAGUAGUAAUGAGUAGCAAUGAUUUCUGACCAAGUGGCAUGCUGACCUUUCUGAGAACUGCACGUUAGCUGUGUUUUCUCCUGUGCUCUAUGAUGUUGGUUAAAUCUUUUUACAUUUUACAUUUUCAGUGUCCAGUUUUAGAUGAAGUGAUUAUUGAGUUCACAUUGUUUCUCAAACAUAGUUGAGGACAUUGCAUGUGCAAUACACUUGCCAUUAUAGAAGCAAUUAUGUUGGUAUAUAUGUGCAAAAGAAUUGGUCUGAAAGCCGUAAAGAACAUUGAUCUGAUUUUUUCUGCACCAGAUCCUACAGAAUUAAACUUUGGAUUUCAUUUCAUAUCUUAUUUUUUAGGAUGACUUCCUAAAAGAUAGAUAGCCAAAUCGUUGGCUUUGUUUGACAUCUACCUUUUUUUGCUCUUGAAAAGGUAUAUGUAUCUACUUUCAGAGAUGAGCUCUUCAGUUUGGCAUGCACUAACAUUUUUGUGAUUGUAGAACAAUUAGCUCUUCAAUUUAGUAUUCAUUCUUCAGGCACAUUCUGACUGUCAAAAUAUACUACCACUUUAAGAUGGAUCAGUUUAUGUUGUUAGCCAGAAUGUAAUCUUGUCAUGGUGUGACCUGCCCACAUAGGUUGUGUGCAGGCUGUAGUGUGAAAAGCACACAUAGGUUGUGUGCGUGCUGUGUGUGAAUUAGUGCACAUAGGUUGUGUAGGCACGUCUAGAUGUAUCCAAGGUAUGUAGGAGUAGUAUGAAAGAACUCUGGAAUUAGGAAUGUUCUAGAGUCAAGUAUUUAGGAGUAGUAUGAAAGAUCUAGAGUUUGUAGAGUACUCUAGAAGUAUGGUGUUGGGUUUGGAUUGUGCCACAUGGCAACAAUCUAAAGGGUCAUGUACAAGUAUAAAUAGGGGUACCACCCCUCCCAUGUAAGAAGGAAACUGAGCAUGGGUUGCUAUCCUAGCAUAGGUUGCUGGGCUAAGCAUGGGGUCCUAGCAUAGGCUGCUGGGGCAAGCAUGGGGUCCUAGCAUUGGUUGUUGGGGCAAGUAUGGCGAACUAAGCAUAGGUUGCCUGUAGGCAUUUGUUGCCAUGUAGUGUAGCAUCCGUUGCUGCACAAGCUAAUAGAAGAAGGCAUCCGCUGCCUGAAACUAUCGUUUGUUCUCCUUUGUAGUUCUAGUCCUUCAUCUUGUGCUUUUACUCGAGAGAACAGAGAGAAGUGAGAGAGAGCAGAGAGGGAACACUAACAUAUGUUAAUGCUUCUACUUUGUACUGUCAGCCUUGUUGAUCUUUUAGGAAGUGGUGCUGAAAAAUAAGACAUGAGGUGAAAUAGUCCACUGUAUUUGAACUUUCGACCCACACUGGACAUAUCCUACUCAGUCAGUGAUAUUUUCAAAGUUGCAAAGUUUGUAGUGGCAUGGUUCCACUCUUCCCUCUUUUUUUUUCUAAGAAAAUGCAAAUAACUUCCUUUUCUGUCACUAGCAAAAGAUGUUUUACAAAUUAGAAGCACUGGUUCAAGGUGAACACAUGUCAAUGCAAUACUUUCUGAACCAGGACACUGUAGUUAUCUUUUUUUAUACUCUGCUACUAUUGCUGUGCUGCUGGUAUUUGACAGUAAAAGCCUACUGGGCUGUUGGUAUUUAACUGUUUGUUUAUAUUUCUUUCAACAGCAGUUGUGUCACUUGUGUGUCUCCAUUGAAACUGCUAAGUUCCACUGGCGCAGAGCAGAAUUUUGAAUACACCAGGGUUCUGCAUACGCAUCUGUUCUAAUUGAUCCAGUUGAAGAAAGGAGCACAAGGUUCUAUCAGUCCACGUUGUAUUAUCCCUGGAGGGUUAUUUUCUCCUUUACAACUUUUCCACAUGGAGGCAUACCUCCAAAACAACACACACUUCGAAACAAGUCGCGAACUGCGGAUGCUGCACUGCAAAGUUUGAGCACGAGAUCAACUGUUUAUGGUGUUGAAACGGAAAGAUUGAGCUGGCUGAACCAGAUCAGAACCUACCCCUGGGCUGAUAUGCGAAGCGAACUGAGUGGGUCUUUGGUAUUGCUAGAUUUGAGAGAGAAUAUUAGCUGCGUAUCUGUUUCUGCAUAACUUAUUUUAAUCACUGAUGCAUCUACUGUUAUGGCUGCAUGUAUGUGGGCAUGGCCAUGGGCGGACGCAGCGGGGGGGCCGGGGGGGCCGUGGCCCACCCAGAAAUUCUGCCGGCCCAACUUUAUACCCCAUGGAAAAAGGCCCAAUUCGUGGAGAUAGCCUCGUCUGCUCGAGGUCACGACGACGAGGCUCCAGUCUCACGCAUCGCAUUCUCCGCUGGGCACUUCCCCACGAUUCCCCACGCCCCGACCGCCGCCGCCCCAGCCUCGGCGCCGCCGCUGCCCGUCGGCCCCGCCCGUCCUCGACUCAGUCCGGCUGUCCGCCCGGCGCUCGCCCGCCCUCUGCAGCUUUGCCCUCACGGCGUCACCUAGCCCCGCCGCCCCGGCCGCCGCAGUGCCGCACUGACCGCCGGUCGCCGGCCGCCGCACUAAACGCCGAGCGCCGCCCUGAUCUUCCCAGAAGGCAUCUCCAACGGGGUGACGCAUAACAGACGCUCAAAAGUGGUCGCGAGCGUCUCGAAGGACUCGACUAACGCCCUCUGCUUCGCCGCCUUCUCCGGGGUAGGCGCAUCAGGAUCAUCGGAAGACCAUGAGAUGUCGGAGUCGUCGUCCUCUGCGGCUGCGGCAGCCGCCACCCUGCGGUGUUCCAUCUCGACAUCGAACGCCGCGUGGGCCGUCCGCUCCUCCUCUGCUUCCUUCUCCGCUUCAGCCAUGGCCUUGGCGUCCCUGACCGGGUCGAGGAGGUCGUCAGUGCUGUCAUCGUCAUCGAACUCCUCGUCGGAGCUCGAGGCCGGGUGAGGUGGAGGUGCGGCAGCCUGACCGCGGCCGGCGCUGCUCAUGGUGGCUCCAGUGGAGACUGAGCGGCAGCGACGCUACGGUGGAGGUUGUGCGGCAACUAGGGUUUAGUGUGGGAGGAGAUGAGAUGCUCGCGCCCCUGUUUAUAUAGGCCGGAGGCAGGGCGACGGUCACGACACGCGUGACAUCGCCAUUACUUCGUGCGCAGAGGAAGGCGAUGACCGCGCGCCACGCGAGGCAUCGCUAUUUACGUGGCCGCAGACUGCCGAAGCGACCGCUCGGCGCCAGUACUGGCGCAGCUGAGAAGACGCAUCGAUGUUGGGUCACUGCCAAGCGGGCCGAGGCGCAUAUUUGGGCCAGGUUUGCGUCGCUGCGGACGGCACGGUGACUUUGCAUCGUCCCGCUGGAGGUGGCUGGAGGUGGUACCAGACGCAUUUUUUGGCCCAGCGGACGCAAACGGUCGCUCGGCGUCCUCGUUUGCGGUCACCCCGUUGGAGAUGCCCUUACCGCUCACAUAGACUUUUGAGUAUUGUCCUCUGCCAUGGGGGCGGAGCUCUUCUUGCUGGCUGUACCAUUUCGUCUGCUGAUGUUGAUAUACUAUGUAGUAUACUUUAUUUUGUUUCUACCGUGUAACAAAUGCUUGCAAAUAUGCAAUACCGCUAGAUCUAAAUACUUUUUUUUUUGAAAGUGCUAGAUCUAAAUACAUGACUGUGGGCUGUGGCGACUAUGAAAUACGGGCGCAGCAACGUGCGCGGGUCCUUCUAGUUUGGUGUAAAGUGCUACUCUGUAGGCCUCAUCAACCCAUAAAAAGCAAAUGAUUCUACCACACCUGAGAAUUCACUUAUUUAAUAUCUGCAAUGUGUCACAGUUGACCUGAUAGAGGCUCGAAGUUCUACAGUGCUAUUACCUCUGUUCUGAAAUAUUUCUUUUUUAGAAGUCUGAUUUAUCUUUCUAAAAAUGAUUAUAUUUCCGAACGGAGGUACUGUAUUAUAAUUAUCCCAAAAAUUAGAGAUUCAGCAAGCCACUUUCUAGGGAAAAAAAAAAUAUCCAAUUUUAUACGACUCAUUGCAAACAUAAACGAUCAAGCAGAUUCUUCGUCUAUGUUGGCGGUCUCCUAGUAAACAUGGGUUAGUUGACACAAUAAGAAAGUGCACGCACCCAUUGACCAGGUGACAGAAAAAUCAAUAUAAGAAAGGAGUCACUUUAAACUGGUAGAAAAUUUGAAGGGGUUUGGUGCAAAUUGCUGAGAAAUCUCUUGUUCAGUCCUAUAAAUAGCUCCAAGAACCACAAGAUGCUAGAAUCCCCCAUCUCCAGGUACUUUGUGUGUAGUAAUUCGGAUUGGAUCAAAUCCAAAGCUAGCUAUAGCUAUUUGGCUACGACCUAGCUAAAGAGAUAAGGAUUUGAUUCUUGGAGCAUUGGGUUCUGAAUAACAUCCAAUCAGAUUAGGCACCUAGUGGGCACCCAAAUCUAGAGCUGGAAGCAGUGGACGAAUGCAAAGCAAGAGAUUCUUGGUGCCAGUGGCAUGCAGCUCGGAGAAGCUUGUGACAUCAGGAAGGAUACGAAUUGAUGCUUGCUGGUGUUACGAGGCGGAGUUGGAUUUGGUGUUGCUAUUGGAUUUCUCCACUUGAGGUUCUUGUUGAGAUAAGGAAACGGAAUUAUCGAGCCAAGAAAACAUGGCUUCUUCAUCCUCGGUGGUGGACAUGGUUUGCGCGAGGCAGGGACGCGACCGGCAGCGGUAUGAAGGAUGUUAUCGACUUGUCUCAGGAUGUAUCCCUUACAUGCUCAAGGACGACGAUAUAGACAAUAGCUGCUGUCUGAAGGAUGAUCAUGUGCUGGACAAGCUCCAAGUGCUCAUGAUAUCGACGCCGAAGCGAAUGGAUCUCAUCUUUCCAAAGGGUGGAUGGGAAGACGAUGAGAGUGUCGAGGAAGCUGCCUGCAGGGAGGCCUUUGAGGAAGCCGGCGUCAAAGGCAUUAUAAACGGGGCUCCACUAGGAGAGUGGAUCUUCAAGAGCAAGAGCAAGCAGAGCAGUUGUGGACAGGAAGGGUGUUGCAAGGGCUUUAUGUUUGCACUCCAGGUCACUGAGCUGCUGGAAUCAUGGCCUGAGCAGAUCACCCAUGGCAGGAGAUGGGUGCCAGUUCGGGAGGUGGACGGUCUCUGUCGAUACGACUGGAUGCGAGAAGCGCUCGACAAGCUCAAGGAGCAGCUGGUGUUUGGGAGUAACUUCAGUGCGCCACCAUCACUGGAGUUACCAGACUCAUCUAGCCUGUGCAUGGUGGUGUCACCGGCUGUACCUCAAGGAGCUGUGGCCUUGUGCUAAUUCCUUGCUGGUUUUACUCUGUAUCUGAACCUCCAGGAGCUAAUGCUUCAGGUCUGAUGAACGGCGAUGGUCCAGGAUUCUCAUAUGCAGAAAAAGAUGCAUCAACAUUACAAAUUGUCGCGCAAUCAGUACCACAAGGGUGUUACUUAUUAUGAAACGAUUAAUAAUUUAGUGAUAGAGAAGAGACGAAUGGUAACUACCCUUCGUGUGAAAUGUUUCAACCUUGUGUUAACAGCCACGCAAUCACCACAAGGGGGAACGUAGCUAACAGACACGCUUCGAGUGUGAAAUGUUUCAACCUCAUUUUACUGCAACUUUGUUCUUUAAAUCUGUGUAAUUUUUUCCUUCAGUUUAUGAGAAAGUAUCCUGACUCAUUAAUGUUG